AUGGAACCAUCCACAAUCAACACCCAAGCUUCUCAAGAUUUCAUGAAUUCCCAACCACAGCAACAACCCCAGUAUCAACAAACUCAACAAACACAACCUCACUCACAGCCACAACCACAGACACAACUUUCACAACCCCAGCAACCAAAGUUUCAAGAAAAUGACAACAAUGCCGAGAUAACGUACCACCAAAACACUGGUGGUUGUUACAAUCCCUAUGAUACCUAUUUCAACGCUCAACCAAACUACCAAACCCUGAACCCACCGACAAACCCAAAUUAUUAUCAACACUCCAACCAAGUUUAUACCGAAUGGUAUGUGAAUCAUAACCCUCCACAACCAACCACUCAGCAACUGCAACAAGGAUCCUCCAUGUAUCCAGUUUUGCCUCCACUUCCUCCCAAGAAACCAAUGCAUUUGACAACCAAUUCAACGCAAUUUCAAUCUCUACCAGAACAACAACAACAACCUUCAACUCAAGGUUUUAUCACCACUUCCACAACGAUCACUUCUCAACAACAUGAACUGUUAGCUUCCAUUCAUGUACCGCAACCUAAUUGGGAACAAAACAAUCGACUGCGACAAUUGGAAGAAGAUGCUAAAAAAUGGUUGUAUCAGAGACUCAAAGUUAUUGAAAUGCUGCAAUCUUUGGUCAAUGACAUGAAUCGAGUGGCCACCAAAACCACAAAAACAAAGAUUGGUGGAACAGCUACAAAUAUUGUUGGUGCAGGUUUGUUGGUGGGUGGUAUUGUGGCUGCUCCAUUCACUUUUGGUGGUUCUUUACUUGCAUCGACUGCUGGUUUAGGUUUAGUGGGUGCUGGAACUGCCGUCACUGUUGGUUCUUCCAUUGUGGAGUGGAAACAUGCCAAAAAGAUGGCAGAACUAAUACAAGUCGAAUUGGAAAAGGACACUCAAGAAAUGAAUGAAAUGCUUCGAAAGAUCUAUGAAUAUCGUUCUUACGAUACCUACAUGGAAUAUCGAAUUUUGAAUUUUGACAAUUCCAAAGUCACAGUGAUGCAAUUUGUCAAUGCAUUGGUUGGAAAUGGAAAUUCCUCACGUCAAGUGGGAUGUAUUGGAAGUGGUAAAUUGACUCAUGGCAAUGCAGGAGCAACCAGCUUAGCAAGUCUUCUCAUCAAGGGAGCCAUUCCAAUUGUGAGUAUUCCUGUCGAUGUGUGUCUCUUGGUUCAAGAAUCCAAAAGAUUGAAUGGCAAAGAACCAUCCAAACUUGCAAGUAGAGUCACUCCAGUCAUUGAAGCUUUGAGAAUGCAAACCCAGCUUGCCACUGGACAAAUUAAUUGA